AUGGUGAUUUCGAUAAGUGAAAAUGUGAACGCUGCAGCGGAAGAUAAAGGCCUUGUUUUGAAACGUUUCGUCUUAUCUUUUAUAGUUAGUCUACCUUUCUUCACACAUGGGAUCGCGAGUACAAAUUUAUCUACAUCAGACCAUUCAGGACACUUCACAACCCCAUACAAUGUCCCAUGGACCAGCUUCGCACUUAUUCUGUCUUCUAUUUUGAGUGCUUCGCUGCAAGGAUAUUUUAUUGACAAAUGGGGAAGAAAGUUCGGCAUUUAUUUAGUAAUUUUAUUACAAGGGGCAUCAUGUAUACCACUUUUUUUAACUCACACCGAAGUCGGCUUCAUCGUACUCCACGUACUCUCCGGCAUAUCCACUGCUGGACUUUUUUUGAGUAUCCCCAUUUAUAUACGUGAAAUAAAUUCUAACGUCCAUCGCGGGGUCAUGACUUCUUUCAUCAUUUUCAUGACUUCAGCUGGUUAUUUGGUCAAAUUUGGACUUACUGGAGAAAACAUCUUGUAUCUAAUUGCUGCUCUAGUCAUCGUUCAGUUUAUAUCACUUUUUAUGGUUGUGGAAUCGCCCAGCUAUUUGGUUAAAGUUGGAAAAAUUGAGAUAGCUAAAUCUAAUAUGGGGAAAUUAAAAUGCCUGCCAGUAAAUGAUCCUCAUAUAGAGCAUGAGAUCAAACUGUUGGAAGAAGAGAGUAAGCGAGCUAAGCCUAAUGGAGAAUUUCGAUUUUUUGACAUUGUAAGAAAUGUUUUAUGGCGAGAUGAAAUAAAAAUCGGGUUAAUGUUAUCAACGAUAAAUACAUUGUGUGGCUGGAUAAUAUUCCUGGACCAAGAUAAAACGCUUAUACAAUUGAAAACAGACGUAGACCCGCAGAACUUUCUCGUGCCUGUCUGCAUGUUUGUUGGGGCGUGUGUAUGUUUCCUAUCAAUACGAAUAGUAGAAAGAAAAUAUCUCCUAACCUUCGCCUAUUCGGUUAUGGUGUUAUCAAUGGGAACCCUCGCAGUGUUCACACAAGCUGAUCUCACAGUGCCCUCAUAUACAUGGCUACCAGUAACUGCGUUGAGCAUUCUUAUCUUCGGCUAUGGAAUUGCAUGGGGCUUACCCACAGUGAUUAUGGUGGAAAUACUUAAUUUGGAGGUUCGGUCAACAAUCCUAAGCGUGAUCUUCACUUAUUCACAAGUUCUUCGACUCGCUCACGUGAUGACAUUCCAGUAUAUAGAAGAGUACGUUGGAAUUUAUACACUAUUGUAUAUUUUUGCGUGUAUCAACAUGUUUGGAGCUGUGUAUACAAUCUCAAAUGUCCCUGACAUCAAGGACUCUGAAGAUGAUGAUAUGCCACUAUCGACUGACGCGAGAGACGUGGAUUACCGUUCAAAAUUGGAUAGCAAUCUAUCAACACCAGAAGUUAGCGGUUAUUCA